UCGGGCCCUAACCUCAGUCAUGGCUAUGCAAGAGCAUCUGAAGGUGAAAGAACGUCAUCGCCGUCCCAUAACAGCUCUUGGCUACCAUUCAGCCCGACGGGAGUGCCUCACUGGCUUUGAAGAUGGACUGAUCAAAUGGUGGGACGUGGAGAAUGGGCAAAUGUCCCUCUGCGCCAAGGAGCAUGCUGGCCGAGUCACCCACUUCCAGUCCUGGGCGCAGGCACGACUCCUCUUCUCUUCUUCCAAUGAUGGCUCCGUGCUCGUGUGGGCUGUAGGCGGCACUGUGCUCGACCGCAUCCUGCUAGGCUACCCUAUCUUCACCUUGUCCAUCAGCCUGGCUCGGCAUCUCCUGCUUUGUGGCAGCAAGGGACGCCUGGUGGCUUUCCCCUUGGAUGAAAGGAGAGAAUCUGGCCACGUGGUCCACAUGGCCCAGGGCUUUUCCGAGCACACACACACAGACAUCGUGUCCUGCAUUGCCUGCCUGGACAACCAGAUAUACACAGCAGGGUAUGACAAGAAGCUGCUGAUCUUUGACACCUAUCAGACUCCAGGCAGGAAGGGCUUGACAACCAAACACUGCAUCCCACGUGCCCAUCGUGCAGCCAUCACUCACUUGCUGCUGGUGCGGCAGCAAGAAACCACGCGGGUGCUGUCAGGUUCUUUUGACCAGACAGUUGGCAUCUGGUCCCAGGAUGGGAAGCUCAUCCAGCGCCUUGGCCCCUUCACCAGGAACAUUACUGGACUCUGCUACGUGGCAUCUGUUGGCAUCGUCUGGAUCACCAGUGGCACAACCCAGCCCACCCUCUAUGAGCCUCAGUCUGGGGAAAUAGUUUCACAGUUCAUAUCCACAUUCCACGGCCAACAGAAAGAUGGGCCUGCUCUUCAGCAGCUUCUCUGCCUGCCAGACUCGAGGCAUGUGAUAGGCACAGCAAAGCCGCAGCAAAUACUCAUCUGGCGCUACAGCGAGUUGGGAUGCCUGACAGUGCUGCCUUGCAAACACCCCCUAGAGUGCCUAGCUUAUGCCAAAAAGGAGCCCGUUUUGCUCUUCAGUGGGGACAGCAGUGGGAUGCUACAGAAGUGGGAGAAGAGCUACAUCUCUCCCUUCAUCUACAGCAGGGAGUCCUUCCACCUAAGUGAAGCCCAUCUGGAGCGAAGAGGCCCCUUGGCACAGCAGAGGGAGGAGGAUGGCAAGGAGAAGCCACAACCUCGUCCAGAUUCCCCUCAAAAACUAGGAAAGGCCUCCACUGGGCAGCAGAGUGGCUACACCAGGUUCCGAAGUGCAGCCAAAGACACGCGAAAAGGAAGCAUAGGCUUCACUAGGGCUCUCUUUGCUGAAGAGUUGAAUAUCCUGGUGGUGUCGGCAGCUGACGGGAACAUUUAUCUCUGGGAGUUUGAGAACUUCAUCCCAGGCGCUGAACCUUCUGCCCAGCAAUGCCCACCUGUGUUGGAUCAAAAUUCUGAAACAUUGGCAUCAAGCUGUGUCCAAGAUGAGAAGACCCAGGGCACUUCAAGCAGUUGUGUAGCAGGUUUCACCUGCAGAACGGUGCUGUGCGGGCACACGGGCAUGGUGACGGCACUUGCUGUGGCAGCCAGCGAUGCUGAACUGUACUUCCCCUAUCUGCUCAGUGGAGGAUGGGAUGGAAAGCUGUGUCUUUGGGACCUGCACAACCACUCUUUGCAAAAUGCCUUCUCCAGUCUACCUGGGGACAACGGGCCCAUCCUGGAUUUGGCCUACUCCCCAAAGAGGAGGGAAUUUGCUUUCUCUUCUAGCACUGGCAGAGUUUUUAUCUGCGCUUUCAAUCCUCACUGUGCUGAUCUGGUGCUCCUGGCUGAGCUCUGUGGGCACAAAGCCGCUGUCGUCGCCUUGGUCUGGCACCCACUAGAGGACAAGUGGGUUAGCGGUGCUGAAGAUGGCUCCAUUCGGCUCUGGAGCGAAGACGGUGGAUGCUGUGUGCAGAACCUGAGAGCCUCCAGAGGGAUCACUUGCCUCUGCAUCGACCAGGUCAAUGGCUGCAUUCUUGCAGGGGUCCAUGAUACCAUCAGGGUUUAUGAUUCAAAUUCUGGAGUGCAGGUGCAGAGUUACACAGGGCACCAAGAUUCCGUCAAGGGACUCAUCCAUGUCCCAGAAAUGGAGCAGUAUGUGUCCGUCUCUCUGGAUGGCACAGUGUGCAUGUGGAAGGCCUAUCGCCCAGGGGAGCAGCUCGAGGCCCAGGUCAGAUGGUGACUUCACUCUCCUGCUGGGUGCUACCCAGGACCUAGACUCUGAGACUCUCAGCUUCCAUUUUGACAACAAGCACAUUUCCACCCUUUGCGGUCGUGCAGGAAAGCUUCAAA